AACCAAACACAUAGUGAGCCGAGCGCAGGAGCCGUUCCAAAGCCAACUUCCCUUAACUACUACUAUUCGACUCAACGUGGCCGAAGACCUGUCCGCAGUCAAAGUUUUGGUGUGAACUCAAUUACACAGUGAAUUACUACUGUUAACAGACCCAGCAAUAGAAUAUGGCAAGGAGCAUUAAGAGCAAAAGAGGAAAGAGGCUUCGUCAGAAGUUACGCGAACGUUACAAGAAGAAAGCAGAUGAACAUCUCCUAAAGAUUGUAGAAAAGGCAAAAAGUAAUGAUUUGCUGGAUAUUUCAUCAUUGGUUUGGGACCCAAAAUGGAAGAAGUCAAAGGAUAAUACGGAGAAAAUGGAAAAUGAAGACGAAGCAGCCGAGACCUCAGAACAGAAUGUCGAAGAUGUAAAAGAUGAAGUGAAGAUGGAGGAUGGGGCUGAAAAUACUGUGACGACCAAAGGACACCAGCCAAAGAAGAAGUUUAAGGUUUACAGGGGAGGUAUUGAAUGUUUGAGAGACAAGAAUGGUGCUUUGCCUAAAUGGUUAAGCCAGAGAAAAGUGAGAAAAGCAUUCAUUAACAGGAAAAUAAAGAAAAAUGACAAAGGAAAACGGAAAGCUCUAAGACUGCUGUAAUGAAACUGAUUUUUCAUAUAGCUAUCCUUUUCUAUAUGUUCUUAUUAUUUUAAGAAUUACUGUAUCAUUACUUGAGGUUGUUGAAAUAUAACUUCCAUGACUGAAUUGAGUUGGCUGCCUUUCGUUUUGUAAGUUGAAAUAUUUUUAAUUUACUCCCAGUUCCUCUUUGAUACAUGGAAAUGAAAGAGCACAAGAGAAGCCAUAAUUGCUAGGAGAUAUAUAAAUAAAAUUGUUGCUGAAUAUUUUUAAUAA